AAGCAGUGGAAUCAACCAGAGUACAAAGCGAAACCCACCGCCAUUUCUCUCUCCAGCGCGCUACAAUUUAGCUACGAAUACAAGGAUUAGAUGUUGCCGACUCCGGCGAUAUAAGAACAUCCCAAGAUCUCCCCAGAUCGCAUCCGCAUUCCUUCCGAUUCAUUCCCGCCGUGCCCUCCCGGUGAAGAAGACAAUCAAACACGACAUUCAUCUCCUGCUUUGAUCCACAGGUUGGAUUCGUUUGAAAGAGAUUGGGAGGGAUUUUGUUGUGCAUCAAAGCUAGAUGGAUGGCGGAAUAAGUUAUGUCCCUCCUGCAUAUGUUCCUCUAGGGCAGUCUGAUUCAGAAGCGGAGAUUAUUUCCAGAGACGAGGGCAUCCAUUCCACACCUAAUGAACUUAAGGAUGGAUUGUCACAAUGGUCGUCUGGAAUAUGUGCGUGCUGCGAUGAUAUGCAGAGCUGUUUUAUUGGCCUUUUUUGUCCAUGCUUUCUGUUUGGGAAGAAUGCUGAACUUUUGGGUUCUCGAACAAUGUUUGGGUCAUGCGCAACUCAUUUCAUUUUGUGGGCACUUACGAAUACAGUCUGCUGCUUGUUGACUGAUGGACUUUUCUUGAAUCUACCUGGAUGCGUUCUUGCAUGUUAUGCUUGUGGUUACCGCAAGGCCCUACGGUCUAAGUACAAUUUGCCGGAAGCACCUUGUGGAGACUUUGUGACCCACUUUUUCUGCCAUUUCUGCGCUAUCUGUCAAGAAUACAGAGAGAUUCGUGAAAGAGCUAGAGGAUCCGGUCCCCAUGAUUUGAGUCUGGCUGUUGUUACCCCGCCAACAACUCAAACAAUGGAUUCUAACCCAGAAAAAUAGUUCCCUAAUUGCUGGAGCUACCGCGAAAUACCGGUAACUUGUAAUAGAUUUGCUCGCUUAGCACCGAGUUCUUUCUUUCCCUCUUUUGUUCUUACUGGAUUUCCCUCUUUUUUAUUAUGAGAUUUCCCCCCUUCUUUCGUCUAUUUAACAUUGUAGUAUUAUUAGAAAUUCAGUUCUCCUAGCGAUUGAUAAAAGUGUGU